AGUCAUCUGACUGUCUGGAGCCAAAAUGGGGAGUUCUACAGCGAGCCUGUUCCUUCUACUGGGCUGCUUCACCACCGUGUUCUGUAUCACACGGGAAUAUUUUAUCGGGAUUCAGGAGAUUCAGUGGGAUUACGCUCCCACUGGGAAAAACAUCAUCCUCAACAAACUGCUGAAGGAAGAUGAACACGCUGCUACGUUCCUGGUGCGCGGGCCCCAGCGGAUCGGCAGCGUGUACAAGAAAGCAGUUUACCUGCAGUACACUGACGCCACCUACAUAAAGGAGAUAACCAAGCCCAAGUGGCUGGGCUUCCUGGGCCCUGUGAUGUCGGCUGAGGAAGGGGACGUGAUCAAGGUCCAUCUGAAGAACAUGGCCAGUAGGGCCUACUCCAUCCACUCCCAUGGAAUCAUGUACAACAAGACCAGUGAGGGUGCUCUGUACCCGGACGAGACGACGGAUGCGGAGAAACAUGACGACCGGGUGGAUCCUGGGAAGAGCUACACUUACGUGUGGGUCCUGAGCGACACCCACGCCCCCACCAAGGAGGACACCAACUGCCUGGCACGCGCCUAUCACUCCCACCUCCACGCACCCCAAGACAUCGCCUCAGGACUUGUAGGACCCCUCAUCAUCUGUAAAAAAGGUACCCUGGAUGUCUAUGGUGACAAGGCAGCAGACUACUCGUACGUCCUGAUGUUCACUGUGUCGGACGAGAACAUGAGCUGGUACCUGGAUGACAACAUCAAGACCUACUGCACUCAGCCAUCAACAGCAGCCAAUAGCCCCCAACAGCCAUCAACAGCAGCCAAUAGCCCACAACAGCCAUCAACAGGAGCCAAUAGCCCACAACAGCCAUCAACAGCAGCCAAUAGCCCACAACAGCCAUCAACAGCAGCCAAUAGCCCACAACAGCCAUCAACAGGAGCCAAUAGCCCACAACAGCCAUCAACUAAAGUAGACAAAGAUGACGAAGCCUUCCAGGAGAGCAACCUGAUGCACUCGAUCAAUGGCUUUGUGUACGGCAACCUGCCUGAUCUGAGCAUGUGUGUCGGAAACAAGAUCCACUGGCACCUGAUCGGCAUGGGCAACGAGGUGGACGUCCAUUCAGUGUUCUUCCAUGGCCAGAUCCUGACCAACCUUGGUCACCACACAGACGCGGUCAGCUUAUUCCCAGCCACGUUCACCAAUGUGGAGAUGACCGCUGACAACCCUGGUCACUGGCUGCUGAGCUGCCAGGUCAACGACCACCUGAUGGCGGGCAUGCAGGCCCUCUUUGAGGUAAAGAAGUGUUUCCCCGCCGUCCACAAGCCGCGGCCCAGCGGGGAGGUGAGGGAGUACUUCAUCGCUGCCGAGGAGGUGCUGUGGGACUACGCCCCCUCACAGGUCAACCACGGCACAGGGAAACCUCUGAACACAGACGGUGAUUCAGAGACGUUCUUCCAGAGAGGUAACGAUCGUAUUGGGGGGAAAUAUAAAAAGGUCCAGUACAAGGAGUACACAGACAAAACCUUCACCGUGCAAAAGGAGAGAACACCUGAGGAGUUGCACCUAGGGAUUCUGGGUCCUGUGAUCAGGGCUGAGGAGGAAGACACCAUCAAGGUGGUGUUUCAGAACAAGGCCAGCCGUCCUUUCUCCAUGCAGCCACAUGGAGUGCAGUACAGCGUCGAGCAGUCAGGGACUCUCUACUAUAACGAACUGGAAGAAUCCUACACUGCCAAAAAACUCAGAGAAAUCAAGAAGGAGACGAGAACUGUAACCCCUCCCCCGGCAGCGCUGGUCAAACCAGGCACCACCCACACCUAUGAGUGGGUGGUCCCUAAGGGGGGCGGGCCGGUGGUGGACGAUGCAGACUGCAUUACAUACUUCUACUACUCAGCCGUGGACCCUGUCAAAGACACCAGCUCCGGCCUUGUUGGACCCCUCCUGGUCUGCAAAAAAAAGACCCUCAAAAAAGGGAAACAGAAAAACGUGAACAAGGAGUUCCACAUGCUGGCUACAGUGUUUGAUGAGAACCUGAGCUGGUUUCUGGAUGACAACAUUAACCAGUUUACCAAGGCUCCUAAAACUGUCAACAAGGAGGACGAGGACUUCCAGGAAUCUAACAAAAUGCACUCGAUCAAUGGCUACAUGUAUGGGAACCUUCCAGGACUGACCAUGUGUAAGGGGGACAAGGUGUCUUGGCACCUGUCUGGCCUGGGCUCUGAGGCUGAUAUUCACGGCCUAUACUUUGAAGGGAACAGGUUCAUCUACAGAGAGACACGCAGAGACGUCAUGAAUGUGUUCCCUCACAUCUCCCACACUGUCAUGAUGGAGCCAGACAGCAUGGGUCAGUUUGAGGUGGUGUGCAGGACGACGGACCAUUACCAGGGAGGUAUGAGGGCCAACUACACCGUGCAGAAGUGUAGUAUGUUCAACAGGCAGUCAGAGAUCAUGCUCCACUCUAAGACCUACUACAUUGCUGCCAUUGAGAUAGACUGGGACUACUCCCCCAACCGGACCUGGGAGCAGGAGAUGUACCAUGGCCUCAUACAGAGUCCAGGAAAUGAUUUCAUUGAUAAACAGGGUAAGUUCAUCGGCUCCAUAUACAAGAAAGUUGUGUACAGGGAGUUCACCAACAAUAAAUUCACCAAACAGAAGGAGAGAUCUGCAGACAUGCAACACCUGGGGAUCCUGGGCCCUAUGAUCCAUGCAGACAUUUGGACAAAGUCAAUUAUAGUCUUCAACAUGCGCACAAGAACGGUACUCAUUCACGCACAUGGGGUGAAGACAGACGUACCACAAGUCAAAGAAACUAAGCCAGGUGAAACACAGACAUACACAUUGGUAUGUCCCAAGACAGCUGGGCCUACAGACAAACAGGAGACAUGCAGUGUGGGAGCUUAUUACUCACAGUCGACGUCAACAAAAGACCUGUACAGCGGUCUAAUUGGUCCCCUAGUGAUAUGUAGGCGGAGCUAUGCGAGAACAUUUGGACUGAAGAAGGAAGUGGAAGAGUUCGCUCUCCUCUUCAUGGUGUUUGAUGAGAACGAGUCCUGGUACCUGGACGACAACAUCAAAACAAACAUCAAGACACCCACCAGGAACAUCAAAGAGGAUGAGGACUUCAUCGAGAGCAAUAAAAUGCACGGCAUCAACGGGCAGCUGUAUGGAAACCUGCUGGGACUGAACAUGGAAGUGGGGGACAAGGUGUACUGGUACCUGAUGGGGAUGGGCAACGAGAUCGACAUCCACACUGCCCACUUCCACGGGCACAGCUUUGACUAUAAGCUGAGUGGAGGGUCCCACCGUGCAGAUGUGUUUGGCCUGUUCCCAGGCACCUUCCAGACGGUGAAGAUGAAACCGACGUACCCUGGCUCCUGGCUGCUGCACUGCCACGUCGCAGACCACAUUAAGGCCGGCAUGGUAACAGUCUACAAAGUCACUGAGAAAGGUAAGAAGUGUGGGUUUGGUUCCCUGUGUGUGAAGUGUAGGUUACCGUGUGUGUGUGUUUACACUCUAUAAUAUAGCUGUUACUCC